UAUAAAACCCUAAAACGAAAAAUUGGAAUGUCUCUUUCGGCCGAAGGGCGAGGUUCAGGUUUCCCCUCGCUCAGCAGCAAUAGCAGGCAGCUCCAACAAUGGGUAGAAAGUACGAGUCAGUUGUUCAAGAAGUUGAUACUUGCAACGAAGAGGAGAAGAAAAACAAGAACAAUGAACUGCAAAAUAAACCAACUGUGAAGCGGAAGCUCGAACAAGUUGAAGAAAUUGAUCUGAAAGAAAGCUUCACCAAGGAAGAGAAGAAGAAGCGCAAGAAGGAGAAGAAAAGCAAGAAGGAAAGAGAAACACACGAAGAAACUAGGAAAUCAAUUGAAGAAACCUCGAUAAAAGAAAACGGUGAUGGGUCCAAGAAGAAGAAAAAGAAUAAAAAACAUCGGGAAGAGAACGAAGAUGGAAAAGCCAUCGAGAGUCAGCCAUCAGAUGAUUGUAGCGGCGAAAAGUCGAAGGUAGAUGGUGGUCUAAGUAAUGGCAAAGAAGAAGUGGAGGAAAAUAAGGUGGUGGUGACUGGAAAAGACGUGGAAGAAGCAAAAUACGCACCAUUGAAAUCCUUCGCGGAUUCGAAGUUGCCUGAGAAUGUUCUACAAUGCUGCAAGAAUUUCAAGAACCCGUCUCCAAUACAGGCUCAUUCGUGGCCGUUUCUAUUGGAUGGUCGUGACGUUAUUGGGAUUGCAAAAACUGGUUCAGGUAAAACUUUGGCUUUUGGGAUUCCAGCCAUUAUGCGUGUCUUAAAGAAGAGGAAGGAUAAGGGGUUGAAAAGGGUGAAUCCGCUUUGCCUUGUGCUCUCACCUACAAGGGAGUUGGCUGUGCAAAUUUUUGAUGUUUUGACUGAUGCUGGAAGAGCCUGUGGUGUAACGUCGGCUUGCUUGUAUGGUGGAACGUCUAAGAAGCCUCAAAUUUCUGCCCUUGAGUCUGGUGUCGAUAUUGUCGUUGGAACGCCUGGUCGCUUGAAAGAUUUGAUUGAAAUGAAUGUUUGUUGCCUUAGGGAGGUGUCUUUUGUGGUCCUUGAUGAAGCAGAUCGAAUGCUUGACUUGGGAUUUGAAGAACCAGUUCGUUUUAUAUUGAGCAAGACACAGUCUGCUCGCCAAAUGGUAAUGUUCAGUGCUACAUGGCCAUUAGGAGUACAUAAAUUAGCUCAGGAAUUCAUGGAUCCUAGUCCAGUGAAGGUGGUUAUAGGUUCAGUGGAUUUAGCGGCCAACCAUGAUGUUAUGCAGAUUGUUGAGGUCUUGGACGACCGAUCACGUGACCAGCGUUUGGUUUCUUUGCUUGAAAAAUAUCACAAAUCUCAGAGGAACAGGGUAUUGGUUUUUGCCUUGUACAAGUUAGAAGCUGAGCGACUAGAGCAUUUUCUGCAAACAAGAGGUUGGAAGGUUGUUUCUAUACAUGGGAACAAAGCUCAACAUGAACGGUCCAAGGCAUUGUCGUUAUUCAAGGAGGGAACAUGUCCUUUGUUGGUAGCUACUGACGUUGCUGCACGAGGGUUAGAUAUUCCAGAUGUUGAAGUAGUGAUUAACUUCAGUUUCCCCCUUACCACAGAGGAUUAUGUCCAUAGAAUAGGGAGGACUGGGCGGGCUGGUAAGAAGGGUGUAGCUCACACAUUUUUUACCCAGCAUAAUAAGGGACUUGCUGGGGAGCUUGUGAAUGUUUUGAGAGAGGCUGGGCAAAUUGUCCCAGAUGCUCUUUUGAAAUUUGGCACUCAUGUGAAGAAAAAGGAGUCGAAGCUGUACGGGGCUCACUUCAGAGAGAUCUCUGCAGAUGCUCCGAAGGCUAAGAAAAUCACGUUUGAUGACUCUGACAAUGAAGCAAAUAUAUGAAGAUUUAUAGGCCAGUUGCAGUUUACAGAGUUAAUUUAUUGAAUCUAUGAGCAGAUUUACUGCUUUUUAAAAAUAUUUUCCCUGUGUUACCUCAUCCUUCUUUUAUUGGUCAGCCGUGAGCCGGUCUUUAGUGAGGCUAUAUUGUGAUUUUGUUGUCACUUGUCGUAAAAUAUGGAGUUGUAAGAUGCCAUAUAAUUUAAUUUUUUAUUAUUCGUAUUUAAUUCAGUUGA